UAUGGCUGCCAGUGCUUCUCAAACACGUGUGAAAGAAGAAGUGGAGAGAUCGAUAGAAAAGCUAGAAAAAGAAAAGCUGAGAGGGCUUCAGGCCAAGUCUCACUCGUGUGCAGCUAAAUGUUGUGAGAAUUUAACAUCAAGUAAGGAGGAAGUACAGCAAUGUAUGAACAGGUGUUUUGUACCCAUCCAGCAAAUUCAAGAAUACCUUGGUAAAGAACUUACUGGAUUUCAGGAUCGCCUGGGGCGAUGUGCUCAACAGUGCCAAGACAAAAUCCAAGACAAUGUUGACCCAACUACAACGCAGUCUGAUUUGAAAAAGUAUCAGGCUGAACUGGAUGUGUGUGUGGAUCAGUGUUGUACAACACACUUGGAACUGAUACCAAAGAUGUUUGAACGAAUGAGAAAAGUAUUGUCACAAGUGCAAGAUCCCAGCCCAAGUUGAUACUAGUGUAAAAUUUAGAAUAGAGUGCAAUAGUGAAAUUUCACUGUUAAUGCGACCUGAUGUUGUAGGAAAUGAUCAGUAACUUAAUCUCAACUUUAUUACCUAAAUACAGUCUAUAAGUCUGGUCUUUUAAA